AUGUCUACAAACCCACCUCCCAAGCCUGGAGCUUCGUCACAACACGAGUCUAACCGCACACUCAACAUGUCAGCCCAAAACCCGAACACCCAGAACACCCCAUCUACACCAGCGAUGGCACCGCACCAACCAAUCCAGAUACCAAGCACACCAGGAUCCUGUGCUCUACGUCUCGAAAACCUAGAACAACAAACCUCCACCAUGAAAGGCGAGUUGAUGGCAUCAAUCGCGGCCGAUAUCUGCGCCACAUUUAUAAGCAUCGCAAAGUACUCCGAAGAAGGCACACUACAGGCAAAGCAUACAGGCGUGAUCGACAAGGUGAUCCAGACAAUCCGCGACACGGACGUGAAGUAUCGACACUUGCUCGAUCGACAGGUUCGCGGACUGCGCAAAGAGAGGAAGUGGAUCCGGAAGAAGUAUUCGCGAUUGGCCGGACAGGCGGAUGGACUGGGUCGCACGUAUCAGACGAAGGCGCGGAAGCUGACAAUUUCCCUACGAGAGACGCGAGGGGAGGUGGUGCGUUUACAACGUGAGCGGGAUCUGUUGCGGGCUUGCGUGAAGAAGAAUGAGACUCCGAAUGACAACGUUGAUGGGGAGUUUGAGGUUGAUGCGGGGGAGAGCGAUGGAGAGUAUGAGAUUGCGGGCAGAGAUGAAACUGUCAAUGAGGUAGAUAUUUGA